AGGCCUUGUGCCAGUACACCAAAGACACCUUCAGUUGUGUUAACAUGCUAAAAGAAUUCAGUGAGAGCCUCCCUGAAUGGAAAGAUGCAAGGGAGAAAGAGUUACAAAGGAUCAGGGACAUUAAAGACAGAGCUGAUGAAAUUGACCUGAGCAUCGGCCAUGUUAAACAGUCAGAGAACAAAGGCAAGGCUUUUGUGAAAUAUAUGAAGAGCAAGGUGACCUUCGUGACUGCAUACAGCAGGCGUAAAGAGUUGGAGAAGGAGCUUGCUGCUGUGUUGAAGGUCACUCUGAGAGGCCUGGAGAAGCUCAACUGCUUCCUGGAUGCAGUGGAGAGGUUGGCGGUCACCUCGCUGCAUGUGUUUGAGGAGGAGAACUGGGUGUUACAUCUGCCCCAAGACAUCAGCUCUGACACUGUUCGGGAUGUCAUCACUGCUGCUUGGCUGGUCUGCCCGCUCAUCCUUGCCUUUAAAAGAGAUGCGAAGGCCUUCUUCCUUCCCAAACUUCAGAAUGUGGAAGAGCUGGCAAAUCAGUUGGACAAAUACAUCCAGACCACCCAGAAGAUCUGCGACAAGUUAGAGGAAAGCUCUUUCAGUGCGUUUUGCCUGAGGAUGAAUAUGGAAACUGUGGUAGAUCUUGAUGUGGAUUUGUCUGAAGAUGACAUACAAAGGAUGCUUUGUCACAUCAAUCAGCUUAAUGAAAUCAGGAUGGACCAACACUUCCGGAUGGUGUUCUUGUUCAAGGAGGAAUCAUGUCGUGGCUUCAUCAUGUCGCGGUUUCUAAAUGACCUGGAGGAGAGUGCUGUUCAGCUAGACAGGAUGAAUAAGGGGGCAAAGAUCUCCAGUGUUGCAGGAAGCUCGGUUGGCGCGAUUGGUGGUGUCCUUUCCAUCAUUGGUUUGGCUUUAAUUCCUGUAACUGCUGAAGUGUCUCUUGCUCUGACAAUGACUGGGGUGGGGCUGGGAAUUACCAGCGGAGUUAACAGCAUUGUCACCACAGCCACAGAGAUUGGAGUCAAGCGCACAUAUAAAAAAAAAGCCAGUGAAGCCUUCAAGAGCAUCAUGAAGGAUGUGAAGAGUCUCCAGAAUUGUCUGGAUGAGGUCACCAACAGGAAAGCAAGUCAGAUAGAUGUGGCUGUGGGAGUAAGCAAGGGUCUUACUAAAGAUGGUGUUUUUAGAAAAAGCAUAGAGUCAUUUGUUGAUUUUGCCCCUGCUGGUAAGAUGUUGAAAAGUGAGGACCUGAUUGCAAGUGCUGGUAAGGUGGUGGCCCACAAACGUAAAGUGUUACAUGACAUGUCCAGAGUGGCAUCAGAUGUCCCAGAUGCCGGUCAGGCAGCAGUCACAGGGCCCCUUGCUCUCACCAAGUCAGCCAGGGCUGGUCUCAUCGGGCUCAAUGCUCUUUUCAUUGGCAAGGACAUCUUCACCAUCUAUAAAGACAGCAUCAGUCUGGCCAAAGGCAGUGAGACUGAAGUCUCACAGCUCAUCAGAGCCAGAGCUGCACUUUGGAGCUCAGAGAUGGACUCAUGGAAGAAGAUCCGUGAUUCUUUGCAUCAGGGUCUGCUGACAUCAGAGGAAAAACGAGCUAUCCUGGAGACACAGUUUUAUCCACAGAGGUAGAUAAGAGAAACAAUGAAAUUCCCAUCUGAUCAAGUGGGUGAAAAACAAAUGAAAAACAGUUUUGUGCAUGUAUGAGAAUUUAAUC